CGUUUUUUUCCACUCACUCUUCUAAAUCUCCCAUUUCCUUCUUUUUUUUUCACCUCACUCUGCUCAGCAGCGACAGUAACUCUCACGCGAUACUACGGUAUCAUGAUCACCCACACCAAAUAAAUUCAACAAAAACACAGUGUUGAUCGGCUGCAUGUGAAAGCGACCAGCUUCACCAACACAUGCAUUUCCAACGAAAGACUACCUGAUGGAUAUAUCCCCGUCUUACAAUUUCCCUUGGAUAUCUACGGGUAAGACUGAGGUGGGAGGGAUAUACACUUAGAAAUACAUCCAGUGGUGUAGUGAAAUCACGUGGGCUACACCAACCGCGAAGGAUGUUUGCGGGAUUGCGCCGAGUUACUUAGUCUCCCGUUGGUCUUACAAUCGGUGACUCAAUAACGUAAAAAUAAAGUGGAGUAUAGAAGAAAGAGAGAAAAAAAACAAUUAAUGGGACAUAUUAUUGUUAAAUUAUCAAAGUUAUCUGGCCUUUAGUUUUUCAUUCCCUGCUUAGACUUGGAGCGAUGUUGCUUUUGUCCUCAAGUGUCUCAUCUUACCAAUGAUGUAAUUACGAUGUGUUUGUGCGUCCAUAUUUGAUGAACUCGGUUGUGAAAUCUGCUUCACCAUUAGAUAGACAAAAUAAUUAGCAAUGCAGCUCGCAGCGACUCACAGAGCCCAUCCACCCCCUCCUGUGCCUCCCCGACCAAGCAAACAAGUGGUUGCAGAGGCCCUAAAAUGCAAUCCAAGGCCACCCUGUCCCACCCGCCAAGCACCACCUCCACCCAACACAAAACCCUGGAGACCUGGUGAGAAAUUAUGCGCUCCAGCAUCAGUUGGUCGUACUGUUAUUUACCAAUCAUCAAAAAUAACAAACCAUCAGACAAUAAAGAGCAGUGAGCGCGUCACGAAUGACCCGGAGAAAAGGCAGGAAUGUCGCAGCAGUAGUGAAAGGAAUGACAGGCGGCACCAGCAGCAGCAGCAACAACAACAACAACAACAACCAACUGAACUGAUCGUAAAGAGCAGUGAAAAUAUUGCCGAGUUUACGAACGAGAUAGAAUCUCAGGGCAACAGUUUGGAUAUUAUUAUUACAAACCGGAAGGAUGUAGUUCAAGGUACUGAGAUUAUUCACACGGAGGGUAACAGGCAGGUGUGUGAAACUGUUAAUAAUACCAUUGGCACAGACAGUGUUAAGGAAAUAACUCGCAAAGGAGAUUCGUUGAUUAAGACAAAAGUACAAGUUACCAACGAUGAUAAUGUUAUUGAUGAUGUCAACAACCAUGAAUUAGCACAUUUAUUAUUACCGAUUAAAAAAACCACAUCUCAGGAUUGUGCUACAAUUGUUGUGAUCGAGGAACCUGAGCCUAAUAAAAUUACAAUCAAUGAUGAUAAUAAAGACAAUAUACAGCAUCAGGAUUGGCUGGAGGCUGGUGUCCGUUAUUCUUCCACCAAGAUUACACUACCGGCUGAUGAUACAAUCAAUGAUCGGGCAGAUGAAUGUGCUAUUGAGGGAGAUGACAAUGAAAACCAGAAGAGGAUGAAAUUUAACCUCGAUUUUUCCAGCAUACGUGAGAGAAUAGCCAUGUCUUCACUGCAGGGUUUACCGCCACUACCGAGGAGUCUCAGUGGUUUCAAUUUGAGUGAGGUGAGGAGGGACAAUGAGCCACCACCACCACCGCCGACAAGAUCAUCAAGUAAAACCUCAAAAGGUAACAAGCCACCACAACAGUCGGGCUCCAGACCAUCGCCACCGAGUAGACAACUCACCACUCUUGACACUCAACUUGCUAUUCUAAGAAAAGAAAUGUUUGGAUUACGUCAGCUGGAUUUGUCCCUGUUGUCGCAAUUGUGGUCACUGAAUGAAUCAAUCCAGGAGUUUCGUCAACUUCUACAAGAGCAAGAGGAUCGGGCACCCUCGUCGUCACCGAGCAGUGAGGAUGGAGAAGACAGUGGCUAUCAUAGGCACCCUCCUCCUCCCCCGAGAAGACCAGCACCUCUUCUCCAUCACCACAGACCACCUCGACCACCGAGACCACUGAGACCGCCACCUAGUGAUGAAUCACCAUCCAGCGAGGAAUAUGGAGCAGUUUGACGUACUUUAGCAAAUAUCACUACAAGGACCUUUGACAAUUUAUAUUGUGUUUCCUUCCUCUCGAAUCCGUGUCACAGCAGCCUUAAUGCCUUUUUCAUUAACCUUCUGUCUGGCAUAUGAACAUUUUUCUAUGGAUCAAUGUGUCCAAUUAUUGUCAAUAGUGAGAAUUAUCGAGGGAAAAUGUUUUUUUCUCUUUUUUAUUUCAAAAUUUUCAGGUUAAAAGAUAAAGAGUAUCCAGGAACAUACGGGAUAUAUCAAUUUUCGUGAAUGGUAUAUGAACGAAAAGUAAGAAUUGUCUCGCAUCUGAUUAAUAAUUAUUUUUACUUACAUAAGAAAAUGACAAAUGAAACUAAACUAUUUUAAAAAAUGCUAUGUCAGGCGAAAGGCUAAAUGUUGUUAAUUAAUUAAUGAAACCGUGUUAUGCAAUUAGCAAACACUGAUCUCAAUCCGUCGCCAGGAAAUGUCGAAAAUUAAUAAUAAAUUAAAAAUUUCCCUUAUAUUUGUGUUUCAAAAGAGAACUGAAUUCUAAAAAGUAUUUCCCCCUAUACUAAUAAUCUAUUAUUUUUAGUCUUAAAUUUUAUAAUUUAUUUGAAGUGAAUGCUGUUACGUAUGCUUCAGACACGUGUGAUUUUUCUAUGAUGAUGUAUGAUAUUUGAAUGAAAUUGUAAAGUCCAUGGCGAUACAUGUCGUCUGUAUAUUUUCAAUUUGAAGUAAAUCAUUAUCAAUAUGAGUGGUAAUGAAUUUUCAAUAAAGAGAAUUUUUUAAUCCACAA